GGAAUAGGCUGCCGUCCUCUCAACUCGCUGCAGAUCAAUUAUGUUAAGAGAACAUCUGUAAGUAGUGCUUAAUGAGGUCCAUUAGAGCAACAUGCGCUGCCUUCCCUCGCGCUGCUUGUCAGCUUCUUGGAUGAGCUGGAGUACGCUGCUGACUGGGGACCUGCUACAGGGGCUUAAAUAGAAGAGGAGGCUCGAGCCUGCCGUUUUUCCUUGUCAGAAAACCGAAGAGACAUUCACACUUACAGGGAGGGAGAAGGUGAGGAAGCACGAGGGCGAGAGGCAGCGCGUGGAGGACGGAUCCGGACCCGGGAAGUCUGUAGGCUGAUUCUCCAUCCUCUGACCAAAAGAUAAGGAGUUUAGUUUUCAGCAAGUUUCCAGGAGGAAAGCUCGAGUCCAGGCGAAGAGAAACAGCGGCAGGAAGCCGAGUUCUGGGGAUCCUGGCUGGAGCUGCGUAAAGGUAUACAAAUGCUCUCCGUCCAGCCGGACACCAAGCCAAAAGGCUGUGCCGGCUGCAACCGGAAGAUCAAGGAUCGCUACCUGCUGAAGGCCCUCGAUAAGUACUGGCACGAGGACUGCCUGAAGUGCGCCUGCUGCGACUGCAGGCUGGGCGAGGUGGGCUCCACGCUCUACACCAAAGCCAACCUCAUCCUGUGCCGGAGAGACUACCUGAGGCUAUUCGGUGUAACAGGAAACUGUGCAGCCUGCAGCAAGCUGAUUCCAGCGUUUGAGAUGGUCAUGAGGGCAAAAGAGAACGUCUAUCACCUGGACUGCUUCGCAUGCCAGCUCUGCAAUCAAAGGUUUUGUGUGGGAGACAAGUUUUUCCUGAAGAACAACAUGAUUCUAUGCCAGACCGACUACGAGGAGGGGCUGAUGAAGGAGGGCUAUGCUCCCCAGGUUCGCUGACCCUCACCAGCCGAGGUGGGGGAGAGGAGGAGUGGGAGGAAGAGAGACUGAAGGAGAGCAUGCAAUCACACAACAAAAUGCACUAAUGCCUCCUGUCCAGCUCCACAUGUACAUAACUACGCCCCCGCAGAGGAACUCUGUACAGAACAGCCACGAGGCGGGAGGUCCUGGAACUGAUCACGACAUGUUUGUUUAUUUAGUGUUAAAGACAGACGCUGCUUCCAGUGAGCUCUGGUUCCACACCAGUUUCUAACAAGUGCUGGUCCUGGUUUGGAAGAAAUGUCCUAAAACCAGACUUGUCUCAUUUAAUCUUUCAUGAACAGAUCUGACUCCACAGCUCAGCAGAUGCUUCCUUUCAUCACGUCUCUUUCAGAAACUAAAGUGUGCGCAUCCCCUUCUCAUGAAAUCUCUGUCCUGUAAGACCUCGCAGAUGUUUAAGAUUCCUAAACUGCUCCCAGACCGCUGAGCGGUGGUCCUGUUGACCCGGUUCUGGUGUCACCGUCUGCAGCCUGUGAUUGGCUGUUUGAAUAUCUAAAAAAAUAAAUUAAAAACUUUUUCAGGUAAGUGAACAGUUUCUACCGACAGUAAAGUUCCCAUUCAGAUCCUGAUCAGCUGACCCAGAUGAAGUGACUCGGUGGAAAAGGAGACAGCUGCUGAAGCUGUUCUCCGUCAGAUGUGAAAAUACUCAUCUAGAUGUUGAGCUAUUUUAUAAGAAAAAAGGAAAAAACUAUUUCCUUUGGAGGGCAAGCUUCUUGUUUGUUCUGCAAGGGGUCAGAAACCUGUCAGCUGGAAGCAUUUUGGACCAGCAGCACUGAGCUGGGAGAGCUCUUUAAGGCUCAUUAUAAAACUGUGAGAGCUGCAGUCACAAAUAUCUGGGCAGUCUGGUUCCAAAGGAGGCUGCAUGUUGAUUUCCAGUCAUCCAAACUUUGCUUCCGCAGCAGAAACCAGGAGAGAGAAAAUGAUGUUGGAGGCAGGUUGUUGUACACAUUGUACAGAUGUGUGGGGAGGAUGUUUGCUUACCUUUUCUACACUAUUUAUUUGAUAAGUUCAUCACCUGUUGUCCAGAUAUAAUACCUUGUUCUGAUACUUGAAUCCAUCAGAGGAUUUCUGACUCACUCUUUAGGUUAUUUUCUUUAAAAAUGUGGUUUUUAAAGGCAGCGAUCAUUUAAAGGCUGCGGAGGAGAGAAACUUCAGCAUGUUAGCAUCAUUUCUGAGUUCAUUUUUUAAACUGUGGCUGUACAUAAAAGAAAUGUUCAUUUCUGCUUGCUAUUUGACGAUUUUGCUUUUCUGUCAUCCAGCAUGAGAUGGUUAUUUUUAGGACAACUCUUGUAAAUAAUAUAAUUGAAACCAUUUUAAGCACAAAUGUAAUAAAGUUUUAUUGUGUUACCAAA